GUGUGUGAGAAAGAGAGAGAGACGCUUGGAGGGACAUGGUCAUGGUGUGAUCGGGUGGUAUCAGGCGCUGACUCAUUGAAACGUGGAUGGUUAACUUUCUGGCAGUUAUAUAAAUGGUAGCUUCCUCGAAGGGCAAGUUCGUUUUUACUCCGACGUUUCUUCUUGUGAACGUAUCCGCCGGCGACAAGGAAAAUGACCUUCAUGUUGUUUACCGGCGGAUCCCGGUUUUCUGUGCUGAGGGCGCCGAAAAUGGUGUACCGGGAAAUCAGGAAAGGUGGCUUUGAUGUUAUCUGUCUUGACUGCACUGCACUGAGGUUAACAUGCAGCAGAAAUGUUUUGCUCAGAAAUUGCAGCACAGUAUCCACAGACUGCAAUUCUUUGUAUAUAAGGGAUCGUUAUAGUUGUUGGAGAAAAGAGUCAAAACGUUUAUACCGUGGUGUGGUGGGCUCUACUUGGCCAUGCACUUCUACCGAUAUGAAUUUUGUUGGAUCCCGUUAUGUUUCUGUAAGAUGGUGGCAUUCAACAAAUCAACUGUAUGAUGACUCCAAAGUAGAAAAAUCGCUGAAAUCUCUAAAAGAUAAGAAUAAGCGACUGGAAGAAGGAGGUCCUGUGUAUAGCCCUAUAGAGCCUGAAGUGCGCAUAUCUUUGAGUCAGAAGAUUGUAGAGGAAGUUAAACAUUACUAUCAUGGCUUCCGAUUAUUAUGGAUUGACACAAAAAUAGCAGGCAGGAUGCUUUGGCGGAUUCUGAAUGGACAUACUCUGUCAAGACGAGAGCACAGACAGUUUUUGCGGACGUGUGCUGACCUUUUUCGUUUGGUGCCCUUCCUGGUUUUCAUAAUUGUUCCGUUCAUGGAAUUUCUUCUUCCUGUGGUUCUCAAGCUUUUCCCUAAUAUGCUUCCUUCAACCUUUGAGACAAAAUCUAAGAAGGAAGAAAGGUUGAAAAAGGAACUAAGAGUAAAACUUGAAAUGGCAAAAUUUCUUCAAGAUACAAUUGAAGAGAUUGCCCUGAGAAAUAAGGCAGCUAAAGGAGAUGUCACUAAAGACUUUUCCACAUUCUUCCAAAAGAUUCGUGAUUCUGGGGAGAGGCCCAGUAAUGAAGAGAUCAUGCGCUUUUCUAAACUAUUUGAGGACAACCUUACACUCGACAAUUUAACCCGUCCUCAGCUGGUUGCACUUUGUAAAUUGUUAGAGUUGCAGUCGAUAGGAACCAAUAACUUUCUACGAUUUCAACUCAUUAUGAAAUUGCGUGCCAUUCGUGCGGAUGACCAGUUAAUUGCAGAAGAAGGAGUACAGACACUGAAUGUAAAUGAACUGCAGGCAGCCUGUAGAACUCGGGGGAUGAGGGCACUUGGAGUGACUGAAGAACGUUUGCAAAACCAACUCAAGCAAUGGCUGGAUCUGCAUCUAAAUCAACAGAUUCCAACUUCACUGCUACUGUUGUCCAGAGCCAUGUUUCUUCCAGACACCCUUUCACCAGCUGAUCAACUUACAACAACUUUGCAGACUUUGCCAGAGAGUGUGACAAAAGAAGCUCAAGUGAAAGUAGCAGAAGUUGAAUGUGACAAGGUUGAUAACAAAGCCAAAUUAGAAGCAACAUUGCAAGAGGAAGCAGCCAUCAAAAAGGAGAACCAGGAGCGAGAGAUGGAGCGAAUGGCAGAAGCCGCUGAGAAAGCUAAAGAGAGCUUGCAAGUUGAAGCCAGGAAAGACGUAGAAUCAGCAGUGCAUCUGGAAGCAGCAGCUGUCAAUGUGAAGGAGAGCCAAAUCGCUGUUGAUACAGAUCAGGAAUUGGCUAAGGUUGACCUGGCAGUACAUUCUGAGACCUUGAAAGAUACAGCCCCAGUAUUAGAAGGAAUAAAGGGUGAAGACAUUACAAAGGAGGAAAUAGAUAUGCUCAGUGAUGCUUGCAUAAAGUUGCAAGAACAGAAGAAACUACUAACUAAAGAAAAGGAAGAGCUGGAGGAAUUAAAGGAUGAUGUACAGGAAUAUAAUGAGGGUUUGGAGGAGAUCAUGAAGGAAUUAUCUAAGACUGGCAAGGAAACAGAUGUGGAGGAGUCCAAAGCAAGCAAACGAUUAACCAAGAGAGUAAACAGGAUGAUUGGUCGAAUUGGCACGCUGAUUGGUGAGCUGGAAGCCGGCAAAGAGAUGCUGGAUGGUCAAUUGGGCAAUGGCAUAAUACCACCUGAUGGGGACCAUCUCAUCACCAUCAAUGAAUUGAUCAGUGCAAUGAAGCAGAUCCAGAAUAUACCACAGCACAAGUUGCAGAAGAUUGCUGAAACACUUGAUGAAAAUAAAGAUGGAAGGAUUGAUAUCAAUGAUGUAAUUAAAGUAGUGAAAUUAAUUGAUAAAGAGGACAUGGACAUCUCAACUAACCAGGUUGCAGAGAUUUUGGAAUUACUGCGCAAAGAAGAGAAAGUUGUUGAACAGCAGAAAGUGAAAGAGAAAUCUGAGAAGGAACAGGUGGCAGAAAGCCAGAACUAAAUGGCUUCAAUAAAUAAAGUCCUCGUGAUAUCAGAACCCAUCAAAUUCAUUUGUUUUAUUUUUUUUUUAACUUUGUCAAAAUAUUUGCAUAACUGGAGAAAUCAAGUGGAUGUAUGUACUGCAGAUAAAUUGUAGAGUACUGUAUUUUACUGGAGAAAUCAAAUAAUGUUCCAUUAAGAAUUGAAUCCCUCCAUUCCAGAUGCUUGGAAACAAUGGUUAAAUGUUUCUUUUUUGAAGUGCAAAUAAAAAAAAUGUUAUGAUGUGAUGAACUCAAAUAUUUAUAUAGAUGAACUAAAUAGCACGAAAUCACAGCCUUGGUGAUGAUCAGUCUUAGUAACUUACAAUGAGCAUCCAGGUCAGCAAAUAGUGUUUAACGAAUGUCAUAUCUCUUGAAAUAUUUGCAAUAUGCAUAAUUCUAGAGCACAGUUAUUUCACUAUUUAUUAACGCUAUAAUUGCUGAUGCAUAUUUAAAUUUUAGACCUUGGCUUGUGGCCGUGUCCAUUAAAUCUAAUUUUGUAUGAAUUCCAAAGCUUUGUGCAUUCUGCAAUGGAAUUGGAUAAUUAUAUCAGACUAAAGAAUAUUUUAUAUUUUUGGAAUGGGCUAAAUUAUUAUUUGAACAUUUCCACUGGCUUGUUGCAAUCCUUAGGCACAUCUAAUGUACCCAUCAUGCUGCAUCUUUUCAGUUAUAGCUUACCCAUUUUUAAUAUAUCACCUUUGAGCUAUUUACUUAUGUGUGCUGCUACAUAGUGCAAACUUUCAUUUGCAUUGCACAAACCAUACAUUUGUCAAUCAAGGUUAAAAAAAAAUAUAUACUCUGAUAUUCCCAAGUUUGUUUUUGAAGUGGUUAACUUUGUGGAGGAAAAAUCCAAACCAUUGUCAAAUUAUACCUGUAAUUGUCUUGCAAACAUUGUGGUGAUUGCUUUAAUUGAGAUGCAUAUAUCAAAAUUGGGCUAUACCAACGGGUAAAUAGUGUGGCUAAUGAAAUUUGAUGUUAUUUACAAUUUUAUUGCCGAAUUUAAUAUUUUUGGAUUCUUGUGGUAAUAGGAAUAUGGAGUUCAAUUAAUAACUUUAGUUCUUCAUAACUGCAUGUUUUCAAAGUGCAGCUCCAUGUGAGUAGGAUAUGAGGAAGCAUUUCACGGUUCCAGUCCAUUUGGUACCGCCCAGGAUAUAUAUAUUGACCCUUAAUUAUUUCCAAAACUAGAUGUAUGAAACUAAAGACUGUAGGAAAUGGGUUGUAUAGUUACUUAUCUACCUGUGCAUUAUUUGCAUUUGUCAUUUAUGAUAUUUUCAACAUUUUUGUUUAGAAUCAGGAUUUUUUUUCUAACUAAAUCAGUUGUCUCAAUGAUUACGUUGUCAAAAUGCCUCGCGUGCUAAUGUACUUUUUACCAAUGAAGCUUGCAAAUUUUAGGCUGAAGAUUAUUUAAAUGUCACACAUCAUGCAAACUUCAUUGAUAAACUUAUCUGAAGCAAUUUUUGGCCCUUGUACACAUUUUCAUAUUUUCAGAUGUCACCAUUGCUUUCUACUGAGCUCAAAACGAAUGAAGCUUAUUGAGUUAAAAUGGUUUAUUCCAAUAACUAUUUAUAUUUUUCAGAAACAUCUGCAUGGAAUUAUUUAUUAAAUAAAUAAGUUAUAGUUCAAAUGAUUUUGUGCAUUGAAAAUGAGAUCCAUAUACCUUAAUAUUAAGUGCAUUAUGACUAGUUUCAAAGGCAAGCAAAGUGCCUGAAAUGGAUCACUGAAUUGGUUUGUGAGUGGGAUCACAAAUUUGGUAAGAGAAAGCUAUUUAAUUGUGUGUUAAGUGUGAUUAAGCUAUGAUGUGAUUAGUUAGCCCUUUGGUUGAUGCAUCCUCCAUUAUCUUGCUUGUUCUGUUAUAACACCUGAUCAGCAAAAAUAUUUGUCCUGAAUUUUUUGUUUUCAUCCCCAAACCUGUUCACUGCUCCCUGCUGCUCUCAUUCCAGCUAUGGCAAAGUAUAAUACGUGAUCAUUUGGCAUAUCAGCUGAUUACAUGCAUUCCCUUUAGUCCCUAACCUGUUCAAGUAAGCCCUUUGGUUAAAGAUAAGGAUCCUGAAGGCACAAUUUUUGUAUUUCAGGCCACAAUAUAACGUUACAAAUGAUUUGUUAAUUCUAAUUGAGAUAUCAAAGAGAUAGUUGAUGUGGAGAAUGGAUCAUUUCAUACUAUUGAAGUAAUGUACUGUUCAGUGCUUAGGAAUUGGGUUGAAUUAUGCCCAGUCUGGAAUUAAAUGCGGGGUGGGGGUGGGUGUACAAGGAGGUCCGAAAAGUUAAACUGAGCAUUUAAUUAAGAAUGUUUCUGUGGAAAUGAUUGUGAUCACAAAAUAAAUGUAUCCCUUCCCCCUGGAAAUACAGGUGCAAAUCAAUUUACAAGUAAAGCAUUUAACAAAUUAAAAGGGAACUUGUUAAUUUAACAGCGUGGUUAAUACCUGGUGGAAACCUGUGCACAUUUUGAGAGUGAACAAUUGCAUUUGUGAUGAUGGAAAAUUCAGUUUGUUGUAACUUCAACAUAUUUGUUGCUUCUGUUAAAUACAAACCAUGGUACUGCUUUAUUAGAUUUUUCCUGCUUUAAUGUUUAUAUAUACAGAAGAUAGUGCAUUGAACUUUGAAAAAUCUCGUGGACACAUUUUUAAAACUGAAACAAUGGGCUGGUCUACGAAAAACAUUAACUUCAAAGUAUUAAAAUUGUUUAAUAAUUGGAAACUCGAUAUGAUUAAAACACAAAGAAUUAAAUUUC